AUGGAAGUGACAGAACUUCAAGCAGCACAUUUUUGUUUCGAGUCUUACAACUCAUCCUGUAUUAAGGAAGUCCGUUCUACAGCUGUGUAUGUAGUGAUGUAUAUUUCUGCAGUAGCAGUGGUGGUGCUGACAGUGUGUGGAAACCUGGUGGUGAUCAUCUCUAUCUCUCACUUCAAGCAGCUCCACACGCCAACUAACUUCCUCCUGCUCUCACUGGCUGUGGCAGACUUUCUAGUAGGACUAACUGUAAUGCCUUUCCGCAUAGCUGUAUUAAUAGAAACCUGUUGGUAUUUUGGGGAAACAUUAUGUUUACUUUAUAACUUAUUUUGUGCUGUCCUAACUUUGGUUUCAAUUUAUAAUGUUGUGUGUAUAGCUAUUGAUCGCUAUUUUGCUGUGUGUGACGCUUUACAGUAUUCCAACAAAAUAACGGUUAAUAUAGCAUGGUCAAUGAUAUCACUUAACUGGUUUUUAUCACUAAUAUACAUUUUGGCUCUCGUGUAUUUCAAUGGGAAUUUUUCAAAUUCACAGAACCUGUUUACAUGCUUUGGAGAGUGUUCAGUUUCAAUUGACGAAACAUCAGCAGCAGUGGAUCUACUAAUUGUAUUUUUUGUACCUUCCUCUAUAAUGAUAACACUUAAUUUAAAAAUCUUUGCUGUAGCUAGGAGACAUGCUAAAGUAAUCAGUGCUGUUACUGACCAGACAAUUUCCAUGAAUGAAAGUAAAACGUCUACAAAACUAUCUAAGAAAUCUGGAACAAAAGCUGCAAAAACAUUAGGGAUUGUAGUUGUUGUGUUUCAACUGUGUUUGUCACCGUAUUAUACAUUCACUCUCAUUUAUCCAAAUGUUAAUCUAUCUUCUUCUACUGUAGUUAUUAAUUUUCUGGUUUGGUUGAUAUUUUUUAAUUCCUCUCUCAAUCCCAUUAUUUACGCUUUGUUUUACCCCUGGUUUCAGAAGUCGGUUAAACUGAUUGUAACACUUAGGAUAUGCAAGUCAGCUUCUUCUUUGAUU